AUGUCACUCCAAGACCACAUUUACAACGCAAACCAGAUCAUCCAGAAUCCGCCGCCUCCCUCUCUGCGCGACAUUCUCACCGCCUAUCGUACAAAGGGCGAUGGUGACCGUGAGAUGCUGUUGGCCAUGCUCGGUGCAAAGGCUGCAGAAGACAACCGUCUAGCACAGACUGCAUCCUUACAACGAAGCCUUCUCGAUACUUGCAACCAAUCACUAACCCUACCUCCACCACCUCCACCACCUCCAGCCGCAGACACGUAUUACCACCACCAUCAUUCAUCACGGAAACGACAUCGGUCAUCGCAUUCGCCCUAUGCACGGCACCUUCCUCUCUCCCCCCGUUCGGAAGAUGCCGGUCGAUGCAGUCUCUCCCCGCCACGUGUGCUCCCGCGUACGAGCAGUACGCGACAAAGCCCUCCUCCGCCAGAUUCGUAG